UUUAAAUAAAUAAAUUAAAAUAAUGAAAUUUGUAAAACAAUGUUUUUAUUUGCGCAUUCAUUUAUGUAUUUAUGAAUUAUAAAUAAAAUAUAAGACCUAAUUAUUGAUACUAUUAGUACAGAUAAAUAUAUUUUUUAUUUUAAUAAAGAAAAAUUAUAAUAAAUAUGACACCAUCAAGAGAUUUAAUAAAACAAAUGAUAUUAGAAAUUAAUGAACCGAUAUUGUUUAAUGGAAUUAUUAAUAAUGAUACUGAUAAUUGGAAUAAGUUAGAAAUAAAUAAUUUUAUAAAAUUAUUAGGCGAUUACAAGUUACCAUUUAGAGUUGGUAAAAAUAUACGGACUACUGAGCCGCAAUGGGACAUAAAUUGUCCGAUAGAAACAAUGACGAUAAAUGAAUGUAUUGAGAAAAUUGAUAAUAAUACAGAAGAAUGGUAUUAUUUUGAUUAUAAAUACAUGCAUGAAUGGUUUGAUGAUAAGCCAGAAAUAUUGGAAGCUGUUGAUUGGAAAUUAUUUGGUUUCGAUAAAUCUGGAAGAGAUUCAACAUUGUGGAUUGGUAGUAAAGGUGCUCAUACUAAUUGUCAUCAAGAUACUUAUGGGUGUAAUUUAAUUGCACAAUUACAUGGCAGAAAGGAAUGGUUGUUAUUCCCACCAGAUUCGGGUGCUGAGUUGAAGCAAACAAGAAUUCCAUAUGAAGAAUCAACAAUUUAUAGUAAACUUAAUUUUUUUUCUCCAACGAGAGAUGAUCUAGUGGCGAUGAAAAGAAUAAAUAAAAAUGCAAAGUCAAUUGUCUUGGAGAAAGGACAAGUUUUGUUUGUACCAAGAGGAUGGUGGCAUUAUGUUGAGUCGUUAGAUUUUUCAAUUAGUGUCAAUGUAUGGUUGCCAUUGGAAAGCGACAAUGAGGGAAGAUUGAAAGAAGCUAUUGUUAAAUUUUUAAUGACUAAGUCUGAAGGUAUUCCAGCGGCUGAAGAACUUAAAUCUAUUGAUUUAAAUAAUUUGUCGCUAUUGAUGCGACAUUGUAUUGAAGAGUGUAAGAAAUUGCGAGAUGUCGAUGAAGAAAUAAAAAUAAAAAGAGCUAAAACAGUUUCUUUGGUUUUAUCAAAUUUAGCGAAAGAUUAUCCAGAAGUAGUUACAGAAAUACGUAAUUUAAGUAGAGAAGAAUUUAAUGAAAUUUUGAGUUUGAAAAGUUAUAGAUUUAAAGAUAAAGAAAUACUUACUGUAGAAAUAAACAAAAGUAUUAAAGAUGAUAACGAUGUGUUGAAAACUGUUGUCGAUAGACUUUGUUGUGCAGAUAUUAUUGAUGUUGUUGUUGAUAGUUUAUUGAAUGCACAGUCAUAGAAAAUGUUUGAGAAAAAAAUUAAGUAGAUAAUGUAAAUAUUUGAUAUGGAUUUGAAUACGAAUGUAUAUUUUAACGACUGAAGAAAUGGAUGGAUGUCAAAAUUUUCUUGGCUCAUCAGUUCGAGUUCGAGAAAAAUAAAAAUUUUUGAGGAUAAGAGUUGCUAGA